AUGUCAACAAAUAACAUUGUGGUUGUGGGUGCGGGAGUCACUGGCCUCACAACGGCCCUGCUGCUCUCCAAGAACCCGGCCAACAAGGUCACUGUGAUCGCAAAACACAUGCCUGGAGAUUAUGACAUCGAAUAUGCAUCUCCAUGGGCCGGUGCAAGCUACAUGCCCUUUGGUAAGAAGGGAAGCGAUCAUGCCGAGUGGGAGCGGGCUACCUGGCCAGCGCUGCGGGAUUUGGCGGAGAAUCAACCGGAAUCGGGUAUUCACUUCCAAGAUAUUACGAUUCAAAAUCGCCUCAAGGAUCAGAAUACUGUUACCGGUCAGUGGUCUGCAGAAUUGACAUCGGCCAACCCAUGGUUCAAGGACUUUGUUCUUAACUUCCAGAAUCUUCCUCGAGACCAGCUCCCGCCAGGUAUCGAUAAUGCUCAGAAGUUUACCUCUGUCUGCAUCAACACUGCGAUCUACCUCCCAUGGUUGGUCAGUCAGUGCAUGAAGAACGGGUGUGUAUUCAAAAGAGCUUCGUUGGAGCAUAUCUCCGACGCUGCCGGGACACAUCAUACCGGUAACAAGGCCGAUGUCGUCGUCAACUGCACCGGCUUGGCCUCGCGGACUCUUGCUGGAGUGGCUGACGAUCAGGUUUACCCUGUCCGUGGUCAAAUCAUGAUCGUGCGGAAUGACCCUGGAUCAAUGACUUCUAUUUCCGGCUCUGAUGAUGGCGGAGAGGAAGUUACCUAUAUCUUCCCUCGAGCAGCAGGUGGUGGUACUGUUAUCGGCGGAACUUAUCAAAAGAACAACUGGGACCCAUUGCCUGAUCCCAACUUCGCGAACAGAAUUAUGCAACGCGCCCUCAAGCUUGAUCCACGACUUGUGAAGGAAGGACAGGGAGUCGAGGGCUUGGAUAUCGUAAGACACGGUGUUGGCUUGCGUCCGGCGAGAACUGAUGGCCCACGGAUCGAGAAGGAUCAGGUGAAUGGCGUUAAAGUCGUUCACAAUUACGGUCAUGGAGGGUUCGGAUACCAGGUUUCUUUCAGCUGCGCUGAGAAGGCUGUUGGUCUGGUCAAUGAGAUUACCCAACAGAAAGACCGAGCAAAGUUGUAG